ACCAUGGAUAGGAGUUGGAUGCAACUUCAUAAUAGAAGGUCACCUCAGUAAAUUGAUGGGGUGAGGGAAUUUAUUUUGUUUGCUCAUGAUCAUAUGAAACCAGGGAUAGACAAGGAUCCAUUUUUAUAGCACACAUUGCAGCACUGAUGGUUAAAUCAACACCUGGACCCCAUGCAUCCAUUAAAUCAAUUCGAUCAUCUACGCGGCACCCAUUUACAUCAGAAUCGGUACAUGAAGUUACGUCACAAGUUUCACACUCGGAUACUUCUAGCACACAUUGCAGCACUAAUGUAGGCACAUCCAAGGGUAAGAGAGGACGUGGGAAGUCACGAAGCCUCAAAUUGGCCAAGCUAAAAAAUCAAGGGGUGCGACUACCUAUUCAGAUUUGUAAGGUUAGUGGACGACCAUAUGGUGAAGCAUCUGAAAAAUUUACUAGUGAAUUAGGGAUUGUCACUAGGCAAUUUGCCCCACAAAAUGUGCCAUCGUGGACUGAUAUUAGUGAAGAGGAUAAAGAAACAUUGGUUGCAUACCUUCAGGAAGGUUUUAAGUUUACCAAUGAACCCUAUGAUAUUGAAUCUAUCCUCAAUUUAAUGCACGACCGGUAUAAGAGCUAUCGCCAUGACCUACGACAACGCUUUAGAAGUUUCCCUACAAUGGAAUCUGCCCUUGCAGAUCCACCUGAAAAUAUGGAAAAGGAGGCGUGGAAGUUCUUGUGCGAAAAGUGGUCUGACAAGGACUAUAAGGGUUCUUGUUUUGUGGUUUUUCAAAAAUAUGGAGGGAUGCUGGAACUCCUGCUGAUUCUUUAUGAGGUUUGGCCCGAAUGCACCGAUGUUCCCAAAACCAAAUUCCAAAUCAAGGUCCUGCAAGCUUGCGUCGAUUUAAAGCUUAGGAGCUCUCUGCUAGAUUUUGAAUGCCAUUUCAACGAAGCCAUUGAGAAGAAGAUGCGAUGAGUUGAGUUGUUUUGUUAUGUAGGUAGAUAUAACUCUAAUUACAAUUUGUUCAUUGAAUAGUUGAAUGCUACAAAUUAGAAAUGGUACUUUUGAAAUCUCUAUCAGAUAUACAAUCAAGAUAUUACGUACUAAUGAAUCAGAGCAUGGUAUUUGUCCGUUAU